UUUCUAUGGAUAAUCAAUUGAAAUGAUGAACGUAACAAACAAAGGUUAAGAGUCGUAACCUAACAAUGUAUUUUAACUUAUAUUUAAAAGUCUGAUAAAUGUUAAAGAAAAAAGACUCAUCGUAAAUAUUAAAACAAAAUAUUUAUAUUAUAUAUAUAUAUAUAUAUAUAUAUAUAUCAUUUUUACAAUACAUUUAUUGUAAAUGUUGCACUGCAUAAAGAAUCGUAUAGUUAGUAGUUACAACGUGUUUAAACACAUAACCUACAUUUUAGGUGCAAAUAAUUAUAAAAAUAUGUCGAUUCAAAUCGACACAGUUACCAACGAACAAAGUCUAGAUAAUCAAAAUAGAAAGAGGAUAAGAGCAGAUGAGAAUGAAGAUACAGAUGCAAAAAUUCAAAAAGUAGAAUCAUUAAGGAUUAAAAAAAGGCCUUACGCUUUGAUGAUGGGCUAUCUCGGUAGAGAUUAUUACGGCAUGCAAGUUAAUCCAGGCAUGAAAACUAUCGAGAAUGAUUUGUUGAAUGCGUUGUUGAAAAAUAACUUGAUUACUAUGGAAAAUAUUGAAAAUUUAAGAUCAUUUAAUUUUCAAAGAGCGGCACGAACAGACAAGGGAGUAUCUGCUGCUAGACAAGUAGUUUCACUCAGGCUACCGGAAACAGUCAACAAAGAUAGCAUAAAUGAUUGCUUACCAAAUGAAAUAAGAGUAUUUGGUAUCAAACGCGUUACCAAGGGUUUUAAUAGUAAAAUAAAUUGUUGCGGUAGAACAUAUAGAUAUAUUCUUCCUACUUUUGCAUUUGCACCAGAAGAUAAAGCUUCAUUACCAUCCAGAGAGGAAUGCGACAUUGAAAAACGAAUAGAGGAGUUAUCAGUCAUUGAUGGAAAACCAUAUACUGAUUUUAGAUUAAGUUCAGAAGCUUUGAUAAAAAUUAAUUCAUUUAUGCAACUUUUUCAAGGAACUCAUAACUUUCAUAAUUUCACGUCUAAAGUAAAGCCAUUGGAUCCACGGGCGAAACGUUAUAUCAUUAAAUUUCAAUGCAUAGAAACGUUCGUCGCAGAAAAUUUAGAAUUUGCUAUUAUAGAAAUAAAAGGGCAAAGUUUCAUGUUGCAUCAAAUUAGAAAAAUGAUUUCUAUGGUUAUUGCUUAUUUAAGAAAUAUGGCAACAGAAGAUUCUUUGGAACAAGCAUUUAAGGACGAGAAAAUGGAUAUACCAUUAGUUCCAGGUUUAGGUUUAUCCUUAAAUUAUGUACAUUACGAUCACUAUAAUAAGAGAUAUGGAUCGGAUGGUAUACAUGAAACUUUAGAUUGGAAGGAAUGCGAAGAAGAAGUAGAAAAAUUUCAAGCAGAAUAUAUAGUGAAACACAUUGUAAAUACAGAAAUAGCAGAAAAGACAAUGUUGAACUGGCUAGCCAUUCUUCCUUUACAUUCAUUUUCAAUCAGGGAUGAAGAAUCUAUAACAUUAUAAUAUCAAUAAUACAUUAUUUUCCUUCCAUUAUGAUGAUACAUUUUAUAUGUUAAUAAUU